AUGUCGAAAUUGUCGCUUGCGUCAAUGAUCUGUUAUCUAUUGGGAAUCUUGCUGUUGUCGAAAACAGCGCUGGCACAGACUACAUUACCCGAAUCCUCACUCGAUGAACCCACGACAAUUUCGACCGCAUCUGAUGAGCCGACGGCAGCUUCGACCACUUCGUUUUUUAAUUCUUUUAACUCGAUUCCCACAGUAUUACCUUCAGUGGUGACGACAAAUGGAACGCAAUCAAUGCCGUCGGAAUCGUCAAAUGACUUAAUUUUAGAUCCUCGAGAAUACAGCAAGUUGAUUAAGUUAAAGAAUGUUCCCGGGACCGAAAAUAGCACUCACCAGUGUCUUUACGUGUCAACGCCACGUCCCGGGGAGAACCGAUUCAAUGUAUCGUGGGACUGCGAGGCUGGCUAUUAUUGUCUCGGUCCCAAUGCGAAAUACCCAUGUACUGCAGGAUUCCUUUGUCCGAAUAAUAGUUCCGUAUCAAAAUCCAUUUUCAUCCAAAUAGCGCAGCCGGUGUAUUGUUGCGAAGGUUAUUAUUGCUCGAGAGAUACGACCCAAUUGACUCCAUGUCCUUCCGGCUAUUUUUGUACUCUAGGCACCGUGGAUCCAAUUUCUUGUCAUUACCUCGCACUCUGUCCUCUCGGAUCGUCAUCCGCAAAUAAAUAUUUUGUCGUGCUAUUCGUCUUGGUCCUGGCUUCAAUAAUAUUGAUCCUGUUGCAUAUUAAAAGGAAGUCCGAUGAACUGAAAAGGAUGAAAUAUCAGCGAAUCUUACAUGAGAAGAGGCCACUAUCUGAAAGAACAUUGGGAUCCGUGCCAAAAUAUUUUGAUAUCGAAUUUGAAAAUUUGAGUUUGGUGACGCCCAUGGGCAUUGAAAUUCUGAAGGGUGUCUCGGGAAAAUUUUUACAUGGCAGAACUUGUGCGAUCAUGGGACCAUCAGGUGCCGGUAAGACAACGUUUGUUUCGCUCUUGACCGGAAAGGUAAAAAGAACUAGUGGCAAAGUGAAAGUUAAUGGUGUGACGGAGUCGUUGGAGAAGUAUCAAAAACUCAUCGGGUUUGUACCUCAGGAAGAUAUAAUGCUACGAGAGUUGACCGUGCGAGAGAUUCUUGUGCAUUCAGCUUUGAUGCGCCUGCCUUCUAACAUGGAACGCGCGGAAAAGAAACGAAAGGUUAUCGAGAUCAUUAAAUUUUUGGGAUUGGAUCAUGUGAUGGACUCGGUUAUCGGAGAUGAGGAGGAAAGAGGUAUCUCUGGUGGACAGAGAAAACGCGUGAACAUAGGAAUGGAACUUGUCGCUGAACCAUCGAUUCUUUUCUUAGACGAACCAACUUCGGGUCUAGAUUCUGUCACAUCGUUCGAAGUGUGCACCAUGUUGAAAAGCAUUGCUCACCAGCAAGGGCUUACGAUCGCGGCAAUUAUUCAUUCUCCAUCACCACAGGCGUUUGAUACAUUUGACGAUUUCAUGUUGCUAGGAAAAGGAGGGAUGAUCAUAUAUUUCGGUGAGCGAGACAAGGCAAUGGAUUAUUUCACCGAUCUCGGUUAUGAGAGUCCGCCAUUCUUAAGUCCAUCCGAUUUCAUGAUGGAGAUUGCAUCUGGGAAAGUGCAUCCUAGGGGGAAGCCAAAUGUGACAUUGAUCGACCUUCAUGAAAUUUGGAAAGGGGGAAAGAAGGAAGCCACAGGAUUCUUUGGGGAGACAAGGGUACACGAAUCAAACUUGGAAUUGGGCUUAGGGUUAUUACCGGAAGCGGAAUCUCGUAAACUCGCAGGAGGUUUCAUCUCAUCGGUAUAUCAUAUUUACGUUGAAUCUCGCGAAUACGUCAUCGAUGUGAUUUCUGAAUUCUGGGAAUUUCUCAAAUCUUGCGCGUUUUGGAAAAGCAAUCACAUCCGAGAAACUCCGAAUGUUUUCAUAACUUUCGUACUCCUGUUCAAGAGGUCCUGCUUGCAACUCUAUCGAAACAGAGGUGGUUUCAUGUAUGAUCAAUCCGUACAUCUCGUGGCCGGUCUGUUCAUUUCAUUUGCAAUAAGUAAUCAGGAUUAUAUUGGAAAAGUACCUCAAGAUCUCUGCAGUAUAACUCCAUUCAUAGUUCUGCCUUCUUGCCUUUCACCGGCGGAUGGGCUUCAGAAUAUUUCGGUAUUUAUGGCGCUGGGUGCCACCUUCUGUGGGAUCAAUGCCGGAACAGCGACGUUUGGGUACGAGAGAGUCGUGUAUUGGCGCGAUACGGCAGCGGGAAUGAGAACCGUUCCAUACUUCCUUGCUAAAGUUGUCGCCGACAUUCCGCGAAUUUUAUUGGCAUCUCUCAUGUAUUCGUUGGCAUUCAUAUUGUUCUAUGCAUACCGAGCACCAUUCUACGAAGUCUAUUUAAUUGUUCUACUGUGCUAUAUGGCGACGUGGGCGAUGGGUUACUUUUUAUCUUCAGUCGUACCAAAGGAAAAACUGGGAUUAGCUGCCACAGGGCUGGCUCUUGCCUGUGGUCUGGUAUUGAACGGCGCCACCCCUAGAUUAGAAUUGGUCAUGUCUGACAACACCUACAAAUUUCUGAGAUGGUUGUGGUUUGUUUCAGCGCAAAGGUGGAUCGUCGAAGCCUUUUAUCUCCGAGAGCUUAGUCCAAGGGCGUAUGUAUUUGGUUUCGUCAAACUCUUCAAACCUAGCUAG